AUGGUUAAGACUAUCAACAUAGCUUUGGUACAGUGUGUCCUAGUGAUGGUGCUUCUUGUUGCUCCAUACACCACCAGUGCUCCCAUGUGCAAUGUUACAGUAUCGGAACUCGCCGAAUGCCUCCCGGCAGCAACUGGCGUGUCACCUCCUCCGCCCACAAAGCAAUGUUGCACUAUAAUUCGCAAGGCCGAUUUACAAUGUCUCUGCAAGUACAAGUCCCAACUCCGCCAGUUCGGGGCUGAUCCUGCAACUGCCAUGACACUGCCUAAGAAAUGUGGUCUUAGAGCUCCAAAGGUUUGCUAGAUUUAAG